AUGCCACACUCCGCCGUCCACAUCGUCCCCGCCGUCCCCCAGCAGCACAAAAACGGCCCCCUCCACGACCUCAAACGCUUCCUCAACAACCACAUCCAGCAGCACAACCCCGCCUCGUCCCGCACUACCUCUCCGAGGCACAUAUCAGCGCGUCCGUCCCAGCCAGCUUCUCCAGCAGUGCUCCAGGAUUCGUACGUGCCGUUUCCCGCAGAACCUGACGACAGCUCGCCUUCAAAGCCUUCCCUGAGAGAGGGGAAGCGAUCCUUCUCUUCUCGCCGGUCGAAGUCUACGAGACCACCGGCACUUCCACAGGAUAAGCCCGGCGCUCCCUCCUCCUCCACUUCACAUUCUCCGACAGCACGCUCACCGACUUCGGCUGCACCACCACCACCCGAUAACAGCCAAGGCACUAUCUCGAAUCACCGCAAGCGGUCGACACGCUCCGCCGGUGCUACCACUCCCUCGCAUGCCAUCUAUUCGCUACAAGACGCUACCCAAGCCCAUCUCUCGAAAAAGUAUGGUAAAUGGGGCAGGGUCCUUGGCAGUGGCGCCGGAGGAACCGUUCGUCUUAUCCAAGCCAGCACCAAGAACGGCGGGUCCAUCUUCGCCGUGAAGGAGUUCAGACCGAAGCGUUCCAACGAAAGCGAAAAGGAGUACCAGAAAAAAGUCACCGCUGAAUUCUGUGUCGGUUCCACUCUUAAACAUCCCAACAUAAUAGAGACUGUGGACAUCGUCUCAGAUCAUGGUCACUACUAUGAGGUCAUGGAGUAUGCUCCCUAUGAUCUGUUUAGCGUGGUCAUGUCGGGUAGAAUGUGUCGCCCAGAGAUCUAUUGCGUCUUUCGCCAAAUCUGCGAUGGCGUCGAGUACCUCCACGAGAUGGGUCUUGCUCAUCGCGACCUCAAGCUCGAUAACUGCGUUAUGACUAAUGACAACGUCGUCAAGCUUAUUGAUUUCGGCACCGCCACCGUCUUCCACUAUCCAGGCAAGGCGCAGCAGUCAGCCACCGGCAUUGUCGGCAGCGAUCCUUAUCUCGCUCCAGAAGUGCUCUCUCAAGAUUCGUAUGACCCGAGGAAAACCGAUGUCUGGAGUGUCGCUAUCAUCUUUCUGUGCAUGACGCUGCGUCGAUUCCCUUGGAAGAUACCUGAUCCGAAGACAGAUCCCAGCUUCCGAGCCUUCGUUAAUGCCCAUCCAGACUUGUCUGUCAAGCCGCCGCCACGCAAGCGCCAGCAGUCGUCAUUGAUACCACAUGCGGUUACUCCCCCAGAAAUACCGCCAACGCCAUCACCCGUGUCUUUGCCCCCGCUGACGAUACCGCCAAAUCCUAGCACAUUAGAGGAUUUAGAGGCAUCAAGUGCGGACAAUAGCACAUCCUCUGAAACAACGUCGAUCCUCACUUCCUCUUCAUCAGAUCGUGAAACUACAUCCACUGCCAUUACCGCACCGCCUUCUCGAUCACAUUCUACGCCGCAGAAGCCUCUGUCUCCAGAGGAACUACGCAGACAGAAAGUCCGUGAAUCCUUCCAGGUUGUCCGACCCACGCAAAGUACCGCUACUUUGCCUAUUCUGGGGACCAGUAUCAGCGACUGCAACGUGCCAACGCUCCACAUCAGCGACAGCCCCACAGAAAUGGACCCAUCCGUGCUGAAGUUUGCGCGCCCAGGCAAUUCAACGGAGUCCCUUCCCCUUUCAUCCAACCCUUCGUCACCUCUCCUUGAGGGUCACCGUAUAUCCCGGGCAUAUCCCAUCAUCCGAAUGCCCACCGACUACAGCUAUUCGACUGCUGAGACCGGUAACACGAGUGAUAAUCUCGAAGAGUUGCCUACCCCACGCGUCACUGUUGCGGCUGUUGUCGUAGCUUCGUCUGUAUCGCUACCAGAUGAUCUUCCGGCGGCUGGUAUCGAGCCAUCAGCGGAGGAUAAAAAGGCCGAACCCGAAACUUCACCUGGUGCACAAGGCGAGCCCCAGACGCCUACGCCACAGCUUCCCGAACCAGAAGUCACUCCUGUGCCUGUCCCCCAGCCUCAGCCCGAGACGAAACCAGAGCCAAAGCCCAAGGCAACGCCACGAAAACGUCAGCGAACCGACAGCGUAGUGACGUUCAAUGGAGGCGGCGCUGAGUCAAUAUUCCGCUUGCUUCCACGAGAAACGAGGCCCGCUCUUCGACGCAUGCUCUUCGUCGAACCAAGCGCCCGGUGUACAUUGACGGAUCUGCUGAAGGGUAAAGGCAAGACCAGCUUCCUGCUAUGUGGGUGUCGAAAUCAUCGGACAGGCGGUGGUAGUGGUAUAGCUACUCCAGGUGGCCAUUGCGAAGACCAUGAUUGUGAUCCUGAAGAGGAGGACGACGGUGACGAAUGGUUGAAGAACAUCGAACCAUGCUCUCUACCAGGUGUACAACCUAAACAUUGUCACAUCAAGGUGCAAGUGGAGACGAAGUCGAAGCGGAGGUUCUUCUAG